CGAUUUCUUGAUAUGGACAGUAUUGAAGAUUUUCAAGGUCAAGUGAGACAGGUCUUGAGUAAAGGCGUUCUACCCUCUCUACCUAGUCACUCGGCAGAUAGACCGAGAACUUGGAGAGACUAAGAGGGAAAACGUCCUUUGCUAGUUGUGACCAGCCCACUCCGAGGUCAAAGCUACCAUCAAGGUACCAGCAAACGCCUAGGCAGGCCGCUUUGGCGCCAUAUACAUACAACAUGAUGUCGAUGCAAUGCAGUCGGACGAACCCACCCCUUCUCCAACUUUCUUUUAAACCGCGCAAAUAGGCGUUCAAGAUGACCAGUACCCAAUACCCUGGCCCCUGCGCCAGCUGACAAGGCUUGGGGCCAUUACCCAUGCCAAUCAUGGCCGGUUUCCAGAAAGGCAACCGUCCCUGGGCAUUUCGAGUAUCGCCGGCGACCAGUCAGCUAAUGGGAUUCCGCACAGCAUCUGAAGAACCACACCCCAACACGUUACCUUGACAUCCUGUCAGGCCAGAUGAGGGUCCCUGGAAAACCAAGCUCCUGUCUGCCACGCCCGGGACCUGAUAGCGGGUCUGUGAGGAGUAGACGGAGGCGCGGGAGGAUGAAUGUGGAAGGAGGUGGAGGGACGCAGUGAGGGGACAACAUGAGCCGAAGUCCAUCGCCGUCAUAGCUCUGCUCCCCAACCGGCAUAGUAUUCGUCCGUGGAUGGGCCGGGAAAGGUUGGAGUAGGCCACCCGGGUAUUGUACAUACACGCCGUUUCUUUACGAGUGGCCGGGGAAGUUCUAGCCUCCACCCACUUGACGGACAGCAGCAGCUAUAAAUACCAUUAUAGCCGCUCUACCCUCUUGCCUGGCUUGUUUGAUCUCUUUCCGUCUCACACACUCCUCUACAUCCCACCAACAGACAAAAUGGUUCCUGCUAUCAAGCUCAACUCCGGCUUCGACAUGCCCCAGGUCGGCUUCGGCCUCUGGAAGGUCGACGGCUCCAUCGCUUCCGAUGUCGUCUACAACGCUAUCAAGGCAGGCUACCGCCUCUUCGAUGGUGCCUGCGACUACGGCAACGAGGUUGAGUGCGGCCAGGGUGUAGCCCGCGCCAUCAAGGAGGGCAUCGUCAAGCGCGAGGAGCUCUUCAUCGUCUCCAAGCUCUGGAACACCUUCCACGACGGCGACCGCGUCGAGCCCAUCGUCCGCAAGCAGCUUGCCGACUGGGGUCUCGAGUACUUCGAUCUCUACCUGAUCCACUUCCCCGUCGCCCUCGAGUACGUCGACCCCUCGGUCCGCUACCCUCCCGGCUGGCACUUUGAUGGCAAGAGCGAGAUCCGCCCCUCAAAGGCCACCAUCCAAGAGACCUGGACGGCCAUGGAGUCGCUCGUCGAGAAGGGUCUCUCCAAGAGCAUUGGCGUCUCCAACUUCCAGGCCCAGCUCCUGUACGACCUCCUGCGCUACGCCAAGGUCCGCCCCGCCACUCUCCAGAUCGAGCACCACCCCUACCUCGUCCAGCAGAACCUCCUCAACCUUGCCAAGGCUGAGGGCAUCGCCGUGACCGCCUACUCCUCCUUCGGCCCUGCUUCUUUCCGCGAGUUCAACAUGGAGCACGCCCAGAAGCUCCAGCCUCUCCUCGAGGACCCCACCAUCAAGGCUAUUGGUGACAAGUACAACAAGGAUCCUGCCCAGGUCCUCCUCCGUUGGGCCACCCAGCGCGGCCUGGCCAUCAUCCCCAAGUCUAGCCGCGAGGCCACCAUGAAGUCCAACCUCAACUCUCUUGAUUUCGAUCUCUCCGAGGAGGACAUCAAGACCAUCUCUGGUUUCGACCGCGGCAUCCGCUUCAACCAGCCCACCAACUACUUCUCCGCUGAGAACCUCUGGAUUUUCGGUUAGGUCAACCUUUUUCCGCAGCUUAGGGGAAAAGUUGGCUUUCGCGCCCCCCAUUCCAAAACCUUUUGAUUUUACCCCUUGAAUGUGUAUUAUACCCACAACGCAUUUUGUAUACGCGGGCGCGUGAUUGGUAUGGUCGCCUAGAUCGCUACGACCUCUCACGGCCCGCACACACAAUGCACACCACACGCUCAUGGAAACAUCAACAUAACCAUACCCCGACCAUCAGAGACACCGCGAAGAGAGAAGGCUGGUCACCGUACCCUAACGACGGGAUGUGUACAUAUAAUGGGGCAUACUGUCGUUAUCUGCUGAGGCCCGGGGAAGGGCUGUUGGCAGAUCAACUCUCCCGGCUCUAGGCCAUUUCCUGUUUGCUUGAUAACCUGUCAGCUAUGAAAUAGAUGGGGUAGAAUGCGAUAGAAAUCAAGAUUUGACAAAUCUUUCUGUUUCGAAA